AUGAGUAAGGUCCAACAUCUUCUCCCCUAUAAAGGUUACAUGACAACCUUUGAUCUUAAGAGCGGUUACCAUCAUGUGCGAAUUGCUGAACAGAGCCAGCGAUAUUUAGGUUUCAAGUGGAAGAACACUCUGUAUAAGUUCACAGUCCUGCCAUUUGGGCUUUCUUCCGCCCCGCACAUAUUCACCAAGAUCUUGAGGCCUUUGAUAAAGAAGUGGAGAGCAGAAGGGAAAGGAGUAGCUUUAUAUCUUGAUGAUGGACUCAUUUGGGCUUCUUCCAGGGCCGAAUGUAGUGCAGUUUCUCAAGAUAUCAGAAAAGACCUCAAGAAGUUCGGAUGGUUCGACGCGAAAGAUAAAUCUCAGCCUUUGAUAAAGAAGUGGAGAGCAGAAGGGAAAGGAGUGGCUUUAUAUCUUGAUGAUGAGUUCAUUUGGGCCUCUUCCAGGGCCGAAUGCAGUGCAAAAGACACCAAGAAGUUCGGAUGGUUCGGCGCGAAAGAUAAAUCUCAGUGGAAUCCGAGUGCGAAAACUAAGUGGUUAGGUUUUGAAAUAGACUUGAACAAAUUUGAGAUCUCGAUCUCCAGAGACAGAAUUGAAAGAGCUAAUGCCAUUCUUUGUCGUAUGUUGCGCGAAAAAGCGCCAUCAUUGCUCUUAAGAAUGAGAUGGGAAGGAUCCUUGGCAUCCAUGAGUCUUGUCAUUUCAGAUAAAGACAGAAGACGAACCAGAGCCAUAACAACGGCAAUAGCAAAAGCACAGUCUAGUGAGUUUUCUCUGAAUUAUAGAUGGUCAUUAUUGGCUUUAGAGAGACGAGACUUAUAUUUUCGGAUGGAACGACUGAAAUUAGGGGUAUCUACUUCAUUAUUUCCACCGGAUAGCCCUCCUACACCGAGACAUAUUUUGGAGGUAGGUGCCUCGGUACACUCCGUUGGCGCGGUAUUGGUAGGAGACCGAAACGUUAAAGCUCACAACGUGCUUCCGGAGUCUCUACGGACGGAGUCGAGUACUAGCAGAGAG